AUGGCUCCAGGGAAUCUCACCAGAAUCACAGAAUUCAUUCUCAUGGGAGUCUCAGAUCACCCAGACCUCCAGAUCCCACUCUUCUUUAUCUUCCUGGUCAUCUAUGGACUGACCGUGACAGGAAAUGUGGGCAUCAUCACCCUCACCAGUGUAGACUCUCGCCUCCAGACACCCAUGUACUUCUUCCUCCGCCAUUUGGCUAUCAUCAAUCUUGGCAACUCUACUGUCAUUGCCCCUAAAAUGUUGACCAACAUUUUAGUAAAAGAUAAAUUAAUUUCUUACUAUGAAUGUGCCACCCAGCUGGGGGUGUUCUUGGUUUUCAUUGUUUCUGAGGUUUGCCUGCUAGCUGUGAUGGCCUAUGACCGCUAUGUGGCCAUUUGUAACCCCCUGCUCUACAUGGUGGUGGUGUCUCGGCAGCUCUGCCUUCUGCUGGUGUCCCUCACCUACUUCUAUGGGGUUUCUACUUCUAUUGUGGCGACAUACAGUGUGUUCUCUGUGACUUAUUGCUCUUCUAAUGUGGUCAAUCACUUUUUCUGUGAUAUUGCCCCUCUGUUACCCUUGUCCUGCUCUGAUACUUACUUUCCAGAAACAGUAGUUUUUAUAUCUGCAACAACAAAUUUGGUUUUUUCCAUGAUUACAGUGGUAUUAUCUUAUUCCAACAUUGUUUUGUCCAUCCUUAGGAUGCGUUCAGCAGAAGGAAGGAAGAAAGCCUUUUCCACAUGUGCUUCACAUAUCAUGGCAGUCAUGGUUUUCUAUGGGACACUCUUAUUCAUGUAUGUGCAGCCUCAAAGCAGCCAUUCACUGGAUACUGACAAAAUGGCUUCUGUGUUUUAUACUUUAGUGAUCCCCAUGCUGAACCCCAUGAUCUACAGCCUGAGGAAUAAGGAUGUGAAGGAUGCCUCAAAGAGAUUUCUGACCAAUUCAUUCUGUGCUGUUAAAUCAAUAUAA